AUGCCCGAGUUCGAGAAAUACAAUGGAACAAGUUGCCCUGAAGCUCAUAUCAGUAUGUUCUGCAGGCGAAUGACGGGAUAUGUUAACAAUGACCAGCUAUUAAUCCAUUUCUUUCAAGAUAGUCUGGUCGGGGCGGUGUCUAAGUGGUACAACCAAUUAAGCCGCUCUAAGAUUAAGUCGUGGAAGGACCUGGCCCAGGCCUUUGACAUGACCCCUGACAGAAUCACUCUCCAGAAUAUGGAGAAGAAAUCGAAUGAAAGCUUCAGGCAGUACGCACAAAGAUGGAGGGAGGUGGCCAUACAAGUUCAGCCGCCACUUCUAGAAAAGGAGACAACGAUGCUCUUUAUAAAUACAUUGAAGGCCCAUUUUAUCACUCAUAUGUUGGGAAGCGCCACUAAGAGCUUCUCCGACAUAGUGAUGACGGGAGAAAUGAUCGAAAAUGCUCUAAGGAGCGGCAAGAUAGAAUCGGGAGAGAGUGCUAGGAAGUCAGCCCUGAGGAGAAAAGACAAUGAAGUGAACAACACGAGCACAUUCAACAAGGGGCAGUCCAAGUCAAUUACCGUAAAUCAACCCAAAACGGUGACUAUUAAUCAACAAAGCUCUGUAAGGCAAGAAUCCAAUGCGAGGAAGAACACAGAAAGGCCACAAUACACCCCUAUACCCAUAUCGUAUAGGGAGUUGUACCAGAACCUGUUCAACGCUCAUGUGGUAUCCCCUUUCUACCAGGAGCCACUGCAGCCCCCGUAUCCCAAAUGGUAUGACGCGAAUGCCCAAUGUGAGUACCACGCGGGAAUCACUGGGCACUCAAUCGAAAAUUACACUGCGUUUAAGAAAGUGGUCGAAAUACUCAUUAAGGUGGGAAUCGUGAGAUUUGAUGACCCAGCCACGCCCAAUGUAGCAGAAAACCCACUCCCCAAUCAUACCGACCAAGGAGUGAAUGGGAUAAGUGAAGGCUUGAACAAGAAGACCAAGUAUGAAGUGGCAGAAAUCAGGACCCCGUUGAGGCGAGUAUGGAAAGAGAUGACCAAGAGAGGAUUGAUAGCAUUGGAUCCAAGGGAAGGACCUGAAGAAGAGAGAAACUACUAUGAGUUUCAUGACGAGGUGAGGCAUGAAAUCCAAGAAUGUGUGGAAUCUAGGGCCCUCGUGCAGAACAUGAUAGAUAACAAAGAAAUAGAAUUCUAUGAAGAAGCUAAAAGCCCCAUAGAGGGAAAUGUAUGCGUAUCCGAGGGAGAAUCAAAGGCGCAGAAUCAAACACCUAAUUAUCCCGUGGUGAUUAUUUCGAGACCCAAAAAUAAUGAAGCUGGAGUACAAAUGGCACCGAGGGUCAUAAUCCAAAGACCUGCAGUCUUCCCUUACAAAGACAGCAUGUAA